AUGCAGCAGACGGUGAUUCGCAAGGGAUCUCCCCAGCUGCAGCAGCAGGGAGAGCGGGCCAAGACACCGGCGUGCGGCCUCCAGAAGCAUCAGCAGCAGCAGAAGCAGCAAGGCGGCGCCAGCAGCAAACCUUCCUUGGCUAUCCUGAGUUGUCUGCAGCGGCUGCAAGCCUCGCUUGCUGCUGCAGCAGCAGCAACACACCAGCGGACCCCAGGGGACACCUCUGUGCCUCUCCACGCUCUGCGACAGAUGAGCAAAAAGAAGCAGCAACGGAUUUUACAGCGACAGCAGCAGCAGCAGCAGCAGCAGCAAACAGCGGCAGCAGCAGACGAGUUCGGGGCCCCAGCAGAUACCCUCGCCGCGUAUGCUGAAGAGCUUGAGGCCCUGUGGCAGCAGACUUUCGAAACGUUACUGCAGCAGCAGCAGCUGGCACUGAAGUGCAGCAGCAGCACCAUCAACCAGCUGCUGUUGCGCGGGAACCGCGGAGAAAGCAGCGACGAGCAUGAUUCAGCAGAAGCAGCAGCAGCAGCAGCAGCAGCAGCGGCAGCAGCAGCGGCAGCAGCAGCAAAAACAAGCACCAUAGCGGCCCCCGCGGAGGCUACCGUUGCUGCGGCCGUUGCAGAUUCUGUUGAUCACAUUUCACUGUCUGAACACAGUCUUUCUAGCAGCGGCAGCAGCAGCAGCAGCAGCAACAGCAGCAGCAGCAGCGAGGUUUCGCCACAGCUUUCGAACCAGCAAGAGCCUCUGAUUGUUGAGAUCAGCGACGAUGGCAGCGAAGAUGAAGUGAAGGCGAAGGAACCGAACGGUGCUGCUGCUGCUGCUGCUGCUGCUGCUGCAGCAGACGAGGCAACUUCUGGCUGCCCCAACCUUUCUCCUUUGACUGAGCCAGUGGACUUGACGGCAGAUGCAGAUAGCGUCUGCGCCAGUGACGAGACAGAGCAGCAGCAGCAGCAGCAGCAGCAGCAGCAUGGCGCUGCGAUGUACGUGCUGCAAGCACCUGCCCUGCUUUCCCCGCUGCUGCUGCUGCUUCUGGGCUACGAUGCGCAGGCGCUGCAGCUGCAGUUGCCUGCUGCUGCUCUUUCGCUGCACAGCAGAGUGCUUGCUGAGGCUGUUAAGGCGCAGCAGCAACUGCCUCCGUCUGCCUGGGCAGGCCCACUCUCCGCUGCUGCUGCUGCUGCUGCUGCUGCUGUUGUUGCAAACCCCCCAAAGCUGCAGCUCUGGACGCGGGGACUGUCCCUUGUUGCGGCGGGGUGUUUAGCUGCUGCUGCCUCAGCCGCUGCAGCAGAGGGCGAAAGUGCUGCUGUCCCAUCUUCCACAGCAACAGCAACAGCAGCAAAUGCGAGUUGUGCUGCUGCUGCUGCUGCUGGGAGGCAGCAGCGAGCUGCAGCAGAAGCUGCCGCCUGGUGCCGCUUGUUUCUAUAUGCCGGGCGAGCAGCGCUGUCUUCUCCCACACGAAACUCCCUCGUCAUGGCCUCGGUCUCCUCCUUGUUGGAAGUCAUUUAUUUUUGUCCUUUUGUCCCUUCCCAGAAGUCCCAGCCGAUCGUCAUGCGCCUGCCUCCCUGCUGCAGGGAGGCGGCUGCCUGCUGCGUGUCUGCUGCAGCAGCAGCAGCAGCAGACGCAGACGCAGCAGCAGCAGCUGCAUUGCCAACAGCAGCUCCUACAGAGGCGUUGGUGCGGCUGGUCCCCCACGCCAUUCGGUGCUGUCUCUUCCCCUUUGGAUUUGGCCGUCUCUACACCGUGAGCAGCAGCAGCAGCAGCAGCUGCAGCAGCAGCAGCAGCGCUGAAGCUCCCCGAGAUUUCCCCAUCUCCCUGGAGGCGUACCCUGCUUCCUACAACCCGGCAUCUGCUGCAGCAGCAGCUACCGCAGCAGCAGAAGCAAAACAAACUUUGGAAACUUCCCCUUAUGCUGCUCUCAGCUGCUCAGCGCCCCUAGCAUGGGGGGCCCCUGAGCCAGGGGCCCCCCUGCGGCUGAUGCCUGGCUCUGCAGCAGCAGCAGCUGCUGCAGCAGCUGCAGCAGCUGCAGCAGCGGAGUGGGUGCCUCCGGGGGCCUCUGCUGAUUCUCGCCUCUUGGGGGCCUCGCACUUUGCUGCCCCCCUUCUCAGCAGCCUCCUGAAGCUGAGGGGGCAGGGGCCCAUUGGGGGGCCCCCUUUGCAGCAGGGGCCCCCACGGGGGCCCCUGCUUCCCCCAAAAGGGCCCAUAGCUAAGGAAAGGGGGGCCCCCCCUACGGGAGCUGCGCUCGCCUGCCGGGUCCUGGCAAGCCUUUUGCUAGAGGGAACAAAGCCAUUCUGCUUGCUUCAAGGCCCAACUGCAGCGCAGCAGCAGCAGCAGCAACAGCAGCAACAGCAGCAGCAGCAGCAGCAGCAGAAGUGGCUGAGCUUCAAGGGCCCGUUGUGCUUGGAGUUGCUGCUUCAAGAAACAACAACUUAUUUGUUGGGAGACCCCCAAAGAAGACAAAGCCUAAUGCAAUCUUUGGGGAUUUCUGGGGGGCCCCCAGGCCUUUCAGAGGCUGGGGGGGCCCUUGCAAGUUUUGUGCUGCCACUUUGCCUCCAGACGUGUUCCCCUGUGGGUCCCGCUGCUGCUGCAGCAGCAGCAGCAACAACCGCAGCAGCAGCACCUGCAACGACUGCAGCAGCGGCAGCAGCGACCGCAGCAUCAGCAGAAGCAGCAGUGACGACUGCAGCAGCAGCAGCAGCAACACGAAGAAAAGGGCCUGAGGAGACGAUGAGCUGGCACGAAUCUGUUGCAGCAGCAGCAAGAGACGGGGCCCGAGUCUCAGCCUCGCUGUCUUUCUUUUGCUGCGCUGCUCGCGAGAUGCUGCCUCCCCUUUUACUUAUUCCCGAAGCUUCUCCAGGGGCCCCCCUUGGGGGCCCCCCAAAGGGGCCCCCCGCAGCAGCUAAAUGCGCAGCAAGCUGUGGGGCCCUGGAGGGGGAGAGCUGCUCUCUCUUUUGCUCGCCUCCUGCAUCAUUUGCUGUUGCUUUGGAGUUUCUUUUUUGCCACUUGGGGGCCCCAGGGGCCCCUUUGCUGGUUGCUUCGCAAGGCCGCAGCAGCAGCAGCAGCGAGGCAGCAGCAGCAGAGGCAGCAGCAGCCAGAGCUGCUGCAGCCUCUCUUCAGGGCAAAGCCCUUUUAAUGGAGGGGCCCUUAUGUGCUUGCUGCUGCUGCCUCCCUUCUGUCUCAGAGCCACAGGGCUUUUCUAGAAAGCCUCGCAGCAGCAGUGCAAGAGGCCUGAUCUCUGCUGCAUGCACAGUUGCCGCGUUUGCUGCUGCUGCUCCACAAGAGCUAGCAGCAGCAACUGCCGACAGCAGCACCACCCGCAGCAGCUGCAGCACCAGUAACGGAAGCAGCGGAGCUUCUGCGCUGUCACGAGUCUCCGCCUUUGUUGUGCUAUGCGACAAAGUUCUUCAGAGGGUUGCUGCUUCAUUGCAGCAGCAGCAGCAGCAGCAGCAGCAGCAGCCUGAAGCGGAGUCGGAGGCAGGGUCUUGGGGCCCUCAGUUUGUUCCUGUGGAAUUGCGCAGAUGGUUCUUAGGCAUCUGCAGCAGCAGCAGCAGCAGCAGCAGCAGCAGAAGGGCGCCCCUGUUACCUGCAGCAGACGCCAUGGCCAAGCGGGAGGCCCUAAGAACUCUCGUUCUGGCCUUGAGAGAAAGUCUCAGCAGCCUCUCUACGUGUCUGCUGCGCCUCGCCCAGCAGCAGCAGCAGCAGCAGCAGCAGCAGCACGCAGCACCAGGGGGGCUCCCAGCAGAUUGCUGCUCACCAGAAUAUGGGAGCCCCCCUUCUAUCUGUCCUCCGCUACUCAGAGAGCUGCAGCGCGUUGCAGCGGCUAGCCCUAGUUGA